UAAGCCAGUGCUUCAGUCUGAGCUACCGAAUUGAAGGUUGGUGAUGUUUUUUCCCACACUUUGUCGGUUCAUUAUCAUUCGUGGUACCGCUUCUUCAUAUUAACCAAUUGGAGCGUGUCUUUGAAAAGUUCAGUGUUUUAUCUGGACGCGUUGAGACUUUGAAAACUUUUUCGUAUCAGUUCGUUGAAAACAAGUGAUUACUCUCACAUUUUUAUAGAUUUGGAGACAUUUUCACAUAAAUGAUUGGUUUUACAAUCAACAUGCCGAGUGCAAAAAUAGCGAUGCCUCUCUUCGGAAUACUUUUAUGUAUCCUGUCAAUCCAGGCCAGAGUAUUUUCUCCCAGCACAGUUAUUCUACCCUUUCAUGGUGGUGUUCAAGACAACGAUGUCAUCCCAGAUGUGAUCCCGCGUCCUCAGGUUUUGGGCAUUUUGAAUAGCAUUUCACCAAAAGACUUAAAUGAGACUGUGAAUUUUGCCGCGAACGUAAUUGGCUACAUGAAGAGACUAGAAAACAACUUGCUUUGGUCCAACAUAAAGGUGGCCGAUAACACGCCAUCCCAUGGAAUGUUAAUAUCAUUUGGGCCCGAGAAGGAAGCUUUGGAAAGGGGCAAAGAUGCUUUGAUCGCCUUACGAUCUUCAAAUCAAUUGUUGAACACAUACUGCCACAGGAUAUCAAAAGCCAGCCCUCAGCCAGUCUCUGAUCGAGAUUGCGCCAAGUUAAUGUCCAGAUUUUCUUUCCACGGUACUCCGUUGGCUGAUGCCUGCCAGCUGCUGGAAUCCUCAUGUGACAAAGAACAGUACAACUCUGCUUAUAGGACGAUAAACGGCAGUUGUAACAAUUUGGAUAAGGCACACAGAGGAGAGUCGUUCACAGGUUAUUCGAGAUUGUUGUACGCUGACUAUUCAGAUGGAGUGCAUGAACCUCGGCGUGCAGUUAGCAGAAAAACGUUACCAAAUCCCCGAUUAGUUAUUAGUUCGCUAAUCAAAACAGCCAAUCGUCCUUCGAAAAAAUUCACUCUAGCUAUCAUGCAAUGGGGCCAGUUUCUGGAACAUGAUCUUUGCCGAUCCGCCACUGCUGUUGCAAUUCACACAGACAGUUCUAUAGAAUGCUGUAGUAAAGACGGGGUGAAUUUAACGCCCAGAUUUGUUCAUCCGUUUUGUUCGCCGAUUUAUGUUACGAACGACAAAAAGUAUUCUGAAGAAGGAGUUACUUGCCUCAGUUUUGUGCGAUCGAUUCCUGCAAUUAGAUCGGACUGCAGUUUUGGCGCAGCGGACCAAGUCAAUCAGGCUACACACUAUCUGGAUGGUUCUCAAAUAUACGGUUCAACUUUGAGGAGAUCUCAACAAUUACGUGCAUUUGAUGGAGGUAAAUUGGCCACAUCGACGUUCGAAGACCGAGAAUAUUUACCACUAUCCAAAGAUCCAACACACGAUUGUCAGCUUUUCUCACGAAACUCUACCUGUUUUGAAAGUGGCGAUGCUCGAGUCAACUUCCAACCACAGCUGGCAUUAAUGCACACGUUGUGGUACCGGGAGCACAACAGACUUGCAACGGAACUCGGAAAAUUAAAUUCCCAUUGGGACGAUGAAACACUGUUUCAGGAAGCGAGACGUAUUGUUAUCGCUGAGAUGCAGACAAUUACUUAUAACGAGUGGUUGCCCCUGGUUUUGGGUAAAUCAUUCAAUGAUCAUUACGAUGGCACUUUAACUUACCACAAAGAUGCAGAUGCUUCAGUAUCCAAUGCGUUUGCAACGGCUGUGAUGCGUUCCCUUAAAUCAUUAUCAGAUGGAAUGCCCAAAUUUUACGAUGAAAAUCGAGCUGCCAAUGAAUCGAUUUUCAUGAGAAAUUACUUCAACAAUCCUGGUCUGUUACGGCAAAACGGUGUGUUGGAUGCUUUGUCUAGAGGGUUGACUACGCAGGCCAGUCAACGAUUAGAUAUUUUCUUUGCUGACGACUUAAUAAACCAACUGUAUACCAACGGGAAAUUCGGCUUUGAUGUACUGAGCUUCGAUUUACAAAGAGGUAGAGAUCAUGGCCUGCCCAGUUAUGCCAGUUACAGAACACUUUGCGGACUGAGGGAAACCAAUUCAUUCAUUGACUUCCUUGACGUUAUGAAAGAACAGGAUAUUUUGGCCCUGCAAAGAGUGUACGCUAGUCCUCAAGAUGUAGACCUCAUUAUCGGCGGUUUGCUGGAAAAACCUAAGAGCGAUUCGUUAUUUGGACCUACUUUUUCAUGUAUUGUUGCUGACCAAAUGAUAAGAACACGUCUAGGUGAUAGGUAUUUUCUUGAUAAUCCGGAUCAACCGAAGCCCUUCACCUACGAACAAUUGCGUGAAAUUGGCAAUGUAUCACUAGCUAGAAUUAUCUGCGAUGAUAGUGACGAUGUGCAACAAAUGCAGAAAAGGGCGUUUGCCAAAGUCGGUCUUAGCAAUCCUUUAUUUAAUUGCUCGUCUGACGAAAUACCAAAGAUGAGCUUGAACGCCUGGCAGGAGCUUCAAGCCAAUUCUGUCAGUUAUAAAGCUUGAACUCUUCGAGGAAUUGUCUUUCCUGUUAAGACUGACUACAUUAAUGGCUGUUUAUAGAGUUUAAGUGUUCAUUUACGCAAAAAGUACCAUGUACAAUAUCACAUUUGCAUUCUUUAUUCAAUAAUUUUACACUUUUAAAUUUUGCUUGUUUUUUACCCACGGUUAUAUUAGCAGGUUGACUAAUUAAUUAACAGGCACGGAAUCAGCCAGUUUAUACUACCACAGUACCUGUCCAAAUUAUAAUUUUAGGGUAUUACGUUCUAAACACAUAAAAAUCCCAGUUUCACGUAUACAACGGUUUUGAGCUAUAUUAGCUGAUUAUUUUUUUCCUGAUCUAUUUUUCCAAGUCCCGUACUUAGAUUGUUAUAUACUUAUUUAGCUUUUAUCAAUAACCUUCUCUAUUGUAUGUUUGUAUGAAAUAAAUGUUUAAUUUUACAGAUUA